CGUAAGCUCCACAGAUGCAUAUCACAGUUCAUAGUAGUUCAUGCCGUUGUAUUAAAAUUCUGAGCCGGGUUCGGAUCCGGCCCGCAACAUCUUUUACCCGUCCGAUCCUCUUCCCUCCCUCUUUCGUUUUCUCGGAAAGGAAAGGAGGAUAAAAUUUUUCCAUGACCCAGUAGAGAAAUUUCAGUUAAAAUCCCUUCCUCGAAAAGAUUCCCUCUGUCCCGCCCAAUCUCCAUUCUCCUCUUUGUCUCUCUCUCUCUCUCUAAAUUCCCGUCUCCUUCUCUCUCUAGAGUCAAUUUGCCCUCUAGGGCUUACCUGGUCCCCAAUGUUUCUCCAAUCUUAAUUAUCGAAUCGUCGAUCCGAAUACCCUAGAAUUCUCGACCGGGUUCGUCAGUUCAAUGGAGGAAGAGAAGGGCGGCGGCGAAUCGUCGAGGGCUUCGUCCAAGUUUGUGAAAGCCGGUGACCGGCAAAUGUUCACAGUAGAGCUCCGACCCGGGGAGACCACCAUAGUCUCCUGGAAGAAGCUCCUGAAAGAUACGAACAAGGUCAAUGGGCCGUCUACCAGUUCUGCUCCUGAGCCUCCUCCCGCCAACGCUCACCCAGCUCUCGAGUCUCGUAUAGCUCCGGUACAACAACUGUCAGGAGAUGAAGUGAAAGAUGAAGCUGCGCCACAUCGUUUUAGCGCUGUAAUUGAGAAGAUUGAACGCCUCUAUAUGGGUAAAGAUAGUAGUGAUGAUGAAGAUCUAAAUGAUAUUCCUGAUGACGAUCAGUAUGAUACAGAAGACUCUUUUAUUGAUGAUGCUGAGUUGGAUGAGUAUUUUGAAGUUGACAAUUCAGCAAUAAAACAUGAUGGAUUCUUUGUUAACAGGGGGAAACUGGAACGCAUCGUACCUGCUGCAUUACCUAACCAACAACCAAAGAAAAGGCGAAGAAAAGAGGCAAAGGGUCCUGGAGGAAAUGAUGAUAGUCAUGUGCCAAAUAAACACGCAAAAGUUGGUAAGACAGCAGCAGCAGCAAAGAUUACAUCGACACUUGCAAAGAACUCUUCUGCUCCCAUUCUAACCGUCACUGUACCCACUGAACACUGUGAAGAUGUGAAAUUUCAUAACCAGUUGAAUGUUUGUGGACUUUCAUCCACAAAGAAGUCUACUGAUUCCAAAACAAUUCUGGAUCCUUCUCUUUUGAAAGUUUCUGAGGGAGAUGCUGCCGCACUGCAAGCGGAGGUGAAGGAUAUGGAUAAGCAGAAGACAGGAGUCCUGUUGUCAAAGGACCCAAGUAACAGAUUUAAAGAUGCAGGUGGAUCCUCUGAUGGUUCAUAUCAGAAAUACCAUGAGAAAAGUGCUUACGUGCAAACCAAACCCCAAUCUGGGAGACCAUCUAGCAAUGCUGAUGAGAUGGAAACAGUUCGAGCCAGAGAGAAAAAUGGGGUUUGUGAAAUUCCAGACCUUAAUCUCACUGAUGGAAAGUACGCUGUUCCAACAACAAAACCUUCACAUGGGCACAAAAGGGAUAGUUCUAGUGUAAGGUCAAAAAGUUCAAUGCUUGAAAAGGCUAUUACGGACUUAGAGAAGAUGGUUGCAGAAUCUAGGCCACCUGCUGCGGAUAAUCAAGACGCAGAUAAUUUAUCCCAAGCAAUUAAAAGGAGAUUGCCUAGAGAAAUAAAGGCGAAACUUGCUAAAGUUGCUAGACUAGCGCAGGCUAGCCAUGGGAAAAUAACGAAAGAGUUACUCAACCGGCUUAUGAAUAUCCUCGGUCACUUAAUACAACUCAGAACAUUAAAGAGAAACUUGAAGGUCAUGAUUAGUAUGGGUCUUUCAGCUAAAAAGGAGAAAGAUGACAGGUUUCAACAGAUAAAGAGGGAAGUUAUAGAUAUGAUUAAGAUAAAGGCCCCAUCUUCGGAGUCCAAGGCAUUGCAACAACAAUUGGGAGCAUCAGAUGAUUUUCAAGAAAUUUCCUCUGGAGCCAAAGAACUUUCUAAAAGAAAAUUUAGCAUGGAUGCUGCACUGGAGGAUAAGAUUUGUGACCUCUAUGACCUUUUUGUUGAUGGGCUGGAUGAAGAUGCAGGUCCCCAAAUAAGAAAGCUCUAUGCUGAGCUAGCAGGAUUGUGGCCAAAUGGUUUCAUGGACAACCAUGGGAUCAAACGUGCAAUUUGUCGGUCAAAAGAAAGAAGGAGGGAGCGAUAUGGCCGAAAUAAAGAUCAGGAGAAAAUGAGGAGGAAAGAGAUGUUGGCACCAAGAACAGAGGAGACCGUUCGAGUUGAGGCGAGUUCAAUUGCCCAGCAACAAUAUAUGCGAGAGAGAUUGGCAACUGAACCUAGCAGUCAUAGUCUGACAAACAAGGCGGUAUCUGGUACAGCAGCAGCUGUGCGGACACCCAGUCCAAUAAAUGGUCCCAGCUUUGACAGGCUUAAACAAGAGAAACUGAAGGGAAGUUCAAGCAAUUCCCCAGACGAUGCGAGGGUAGGUGAUGGUGCAUUGACAAAGAAGAAGGUGAAGAGGAAGCCAGAACAGGAGUUAGAUGAAACUCGUAUCCGGCCGGAGAAAUUACCUUCCCAACAGGGGGAGGAAAGGCACAAGUCCUUAAAGCAGGUUGCUGGUCUGCCCCAUAAAUCAAACAUCCAGUCGACAGUCCUUCCAAGUGUGGAGCAGUCUAGCUGACAUAAAUAUAGCCUAAUUAGAAAGUUUUACAACAUUAGAGUUGUUGUGUGACGAAGUCUUUUUUUUUCUUCUUUUUUUUGGGGUUAUUUCAUCUUUGGUUGGGCUUCAUUCAUUCUGACCUACUGAUCGUUGCCAUUUUUGUAAUUAUCAAAUGUUACUGCAUGGUGCCCUAUGGAUCAGAGAUUUAACUUUAAAUAGAUAGCAAAAAGCUGUAAUUUUCUUGUGCAAUGUAGUUUUUUCUUCU